AUGGCCUCCUUCUCUAGCCCCAAGCGGAUUGUCUUCAUCGGCGCCGCUGGCGAGAUGUGUCGUAUUGCUGUCGAGCGCUUUGCGGCAGCCACGGACGUUUCGCUCGUCCUUACCGAUAUUAAUGUGGCUCCUAUUGAGCUUCUGGCGGCUAAAUUUCCUGCCGGACGGGCAACUACCCUGAAGCUGGAUCUCUAUGAUCGUUCUGCCCUGCUCGCCAUCACCAAGGGCGCCUCCCUCGUCGUCCUCGGCGCCGGUCCUUAUGCCAAGACUAGCGAACCCGUUCUUACGGCCUGUAUUGAGAACAAAGUUCCCUACCUUGACUUCGACGAUGAUGUGGAAAGCACUACUGCAGCCCUUGCCUUGCACGAGAAAGCAAAGACCGCCGGCGUGUCCUGCUUUAUUGGCUGCGGUGCCUCUCCCGGCAUGACGAAUGUCAUGGCCGUCGAUGCGGCCAAGGGAAUCGAGAAGGUGGAUACGAUUGAUGUCUGCUGGCUGGUUGGUGAUGAGCGACCGGGAAUUGGCAAGGCCGUACUGGAGCACCUGAUGCACGUUGCCGCCGGCCCCUGCCUCACCUGGGUGAAUGGAAAGGCUACUGUCAAUGAAUCGUGGGUCGAGACCGCCUAUGCACCGAUGUAUGGUGACCACGGAGAGACACUUCUGCACGAAACUGCCCACCCGGAGCCUGUGACCCUCCCCCGUCUCUUCCCAGACGCCAACCGCAUCCGCUGCCUCGGUGGCCUACACCCCGCACCAUUUAAUGGCGUUGCCCGUGGCCUUGGUAGCGCUGUUAGGAGGCAACAGAUCACGCUUGAAGAGGCCGUUGACUUUCUGCUGAAUCUGAUUAACAAUCCAAACCCUAUCAACGGCUGGCAGGCCGCUCUGGGUGAGGCCAGCGGGUACCUCCGCGGCGGCGAAGUCACGCUCAACGAGCUAUGGCAGAUCCUUGCCCACACCUCCAGUGCUCUUGGACCGUGGCGCUAUGCUACCUAUGGAAUGCUUGACCAGAUCAGGACUGGUGAAUGUACCACUGGAGAUGUGCUCAGCUUCCUUCUCGACUCUGCUCGUGGGAAGAUCGCACCUUAUCGCGCAGGCCUGACUGUUCGUGUCGCCGGUACUCGGAAUGGCAUGCCAGUCGUUCAGAUAAAGCGCUCGGGCACGUGUGGUGAGGGCUCUGUUCUUUUUAAGAAUAUGGCUGCCAUCACCGGAGGCGCUUGUGCCGCGUUUAUGGUUCUGGCACUGGAGCAUGAGUCCAAGCUUAGUGGCGUCUUCGCUCCCGAGGACUGGGUUGACCCACAAGCUUUCUAUAAGGCUCUAGGUCGUGUUGGUGUGCCGCACAAUGAGCUCGCUCAUCUGCUUGAGGACUCGGAAGCCAAGUCGCACCUGUAG